CGAAGAGAUUCCGCUGUAAACAUGGAGGAGAGAGAAGCACUGAAGAGGGAAAUUGAACUUCUACAAAAUCUCAUCAAUAAUCAUAAGAGUGUCCAUGGCAACACACCAUUUGCAAGAGAUGAGCUAAGGCGUCCAGAAGCUCCAACAUCAGCCAGGGGAAGAGAUCACAACACAUCUGUCCAUCAUCAUAACAGCUCCAGGGGGAGACCGUUAGCUCCUCACAGCCGUGGAAGUUGGAGGAAAACGUACUCCCUGAGCAACAAGAACCCCCAGUCCUCUGUAGUACACACAUCAGCUUCUACCUCUUCUGUUCCACAGUCCCAAAGUUUAUCUCACAGCACCCCAUUACCUAGCCACAGCAGAGGAGAGAAGAGUGAUAAAAUCACAACUGCCGCUUCAUCAUUAGGGGAAGAUGCAACAGGGAAGAAACACACUGAUACUCUUAGAAAAACAGUAGCAACUGUUUUGCAGCACGGAGAUGAAAAAGACACUGGUGUUCAACAGGAAAAGCUUCAGGGACAAACGCCAGCAAUUCAAGAGAGGACCGAAAACACGCAUGUUCUCCUGCCUAUAAAGAAAGAUAAUGCUUCUGCAGAAGCAGCGUCUUUAGUUAAGUCCAACACCUUGACCAGUUUGCAGAUGAACCCUCAAGCACAGAUCAAACCCUCCCUGAUGAGCAAAUCCACCACAGAGACUAUACUGACUGCUGCUAGGCCAAAUAUAGCAACUCCCUCUGGGCUUUCAGAAGUAUCAAAACAACCGUCUGUUGACCCCACAUAUCACUCUAACAAGGGCCAGGUUGGUGCAUCCUUUACAAAAAAAUCCAAAUUCACUUGGAUAAAAAGCCAGAUGGAGAGAGAAGUAGAGCCCAAACAGGCUAGCUCCAUUCCGUCAUCCAAAGACAAAGCUGUGGCUGCUUUCCCGGCAUCGAUUUCAAAAGAUGGGGUCGCCACUGGGAGCUCCCCCUCGUUGGCAAUCAGUAAGAGAACGCCUGCUAAGAAGGUACCUCGAAAGCUGAACUCCACCAAUAUAGCCCCAAAGACUUCCAGGUACAAAUGGGUCUCCUCCUCGGCUGGAGCCCAGACUAGAAUCCCUCGAAAGUCACUAUCGCCAAAAUCCAUGUUUCUAGCACAGAGACCUCUGGAGAAGGGAGAGACGACCAAGAAACUCCGAGCAGCCUCCACUCCCUCUCCUAAGAUAAAAAAGGGAAUUGCGGGCUCCUCUCCCAACACCUCACUGAGCAGCCGUUAUCGCUGGAAGGCUGGAGGCGGGAGUUCUUCUGCGGCAGCGCCUGGAGAGCCGACAUUAGCCCGACGUAGAUCUGCCUUCCACUGGACGUCGGAAAAAAGCAACAAAGGUGUGAAAGGAGGGCUUGUUUUCUCCCCAUUCUCCCCAUCUGUAACCCAGCGCACCUCCCUGAUCCCCUCUUCCUCAACUGCUGGCUUCAAGCUCCGCAGCAGGAUGAAAAUCAUUCGGAAGUCUGCUACUAGCUACACUGGAGCUGGUUCAGAGAAAGGGGGCAGCCCAUCAGCGGUGAAGUACUCCCCCCGUGGUCGGGCGCAGAGCUACGCCAGGAGUCCCGUAGGAGGACGGAAGACGCCCUCAAGGGAGCUGGUGUCUUUUGGCCGGCACAAGUUGAGGCGGCUUUCCCCCACAUCAGCAAGGACAGGUCCAGCCUCCUCCUCUCACCGUAGCCCCGCCUCCACUCGGGUGUUCAGGACUCGCUACAAGAUGGUGACCCGCCCGGGCUGCGCCAGCACGGCACACACCCUCCACUACAACCCCGCCCUUUCUUGGAGAGCCAAGAGGAUCCAGUCUGCCAGGAGUUUCCUACAGAAUAGAAUGCGAGCCCCCCACGACAGACAACCGUCACCCAACCACCACUGGAGAGGAAGCAGCAUGUGCUGGAUUCGUGGUUCCCUGUACCGGGUGUCAGCCAGCAAGCUGUCCCGCACCGUGGGAUCCAACAUGUCCAUCAACCGAACAGGACGGUCCUCCAGCACUGCCCCGGUCCCAUUCACAAGUCCUACUUUCAACAAACCCUACAGUUCUCGUCAUUUAGCCAGCCGUGCUGUCCAGCGCAGCAUUGCCAUAAUCAGAAAUGCUCGUCAGAAGAAGCAGCAGAAGCAGUACUGCAUGUACUACAACCGAUUCGGCAAGUGUAACCGUGGCAACAGCUGUCCCUACAUCCACGACCCGGACAAGGUUGCCGUCUGCACCAGGUUUCUCCGGGGUACGUGCAAACUGGCAGACGGCUCCUGCCCAUUCUCCCAUAAGGUGGCAAAGGAAAAGAUGCCAGUGUGUUCCUACUUCCUGAAGGGAAUCUGUAACAACAGUGACUGUCCCUACAGCCAUGUCUACGUGUCCCGCAAAGCCGAAGUGUGCGAGGACUUUGUCAAAGGCUACUGUCCUGAAGGAGAGAAGUGUAAGAAGAAACACACCCUGGUGUGUCCAGACUUCUCUCAGUCGGGAUCCUGCCCUCGAGGAGCCCGCUGCAAGCUGCAGCACCGCCAACGAGCGAAGCGAAGUGCAAGCAACACUUCCACCAUACCAGCCAAGAGAGGCCGGAACAAGGAGACUGCUAAGAGGCCCCUCCUGACUGUCGUCAUUCCGCCGGACAAUCAGGCAGAUCCAGCGACGCCCACCAAAGGUCCUCUGGCACUGCCUUCUUUCAUCUCCCUCUCCAGCUCUCCAGAGGAUGCGGACGCCCCGGACAUGCUGCUGUCUGAGACCUCACAGGUUAAAGAGAAAAGGCUGCAGAUCAAGCCUCGGCUGUGAGGAAAAAGAGAAAAGAAGCAUCAGAGGUAAAAUAAAGACUCAGCAAUGAUUUCUGUGCUCCAGGUUUUCCUGACCGGUGUAUCUGUGUCUCUUACCUCUGAAUUCUCAGGGCCUGAAAGUUUUUAUUUUCUAUAUCUAUCUGCUUUACAUUUUAAUUUGGGUGGUUUACAGUGCAGAUUUUAUUUAUCAAGUUUUGUAUAUUUCAAAAAAGACUAAAUAAAACGUGAACUCGUAA